AUCUUCCGGAUGCUCAUGGCCUUCUCGCUUUUCUUCUGCUUGACAGCCAAGGUGAAAAGCUUGCUCCAGGCACAGCAGCAGCCGCAGCAGCCAUCUGCAACCGGAAGUCCGCCAUCGGCCACCGGUAAAGGGAAGGAGCAGAAAGGUGCAGAUAAACGUCCUGACAAAGGCAAGGCAAGUGCAGGCAGUGGACAGCAGAGCAAGAGGGAGCAGUCGCCGCCACCCAUCGUCUCCAGUUUCAUCUUCCAUUGCGAGCUGUGCGAGGUGAUCGGAUACAAUGAAGACCAGAUUCAGGAGCAUUACAGGGGCAAGAAGCACCGAGCCAAGAUGGCCGAGGAGCUGGAAAAGCUGUCCAACAAGAAGCAGGACACCGCAAAAAAGGUAGGACUCUCCACAAUGUCAAAAAGCUCUCUGACAAUAAUAAUGGCCACCUUCGACUGCAUUUGCUCGGAAGUUAUCGAACCGCAUGCCAACAGCACCAAGUGA